CAGAGAGAGAGAGCGAGAGAGAGAGAGGGAGAGGCAGGCAGGCAGGCGCUGGAGCCGCAGAACACCUGAGAACACCUGAGGUGGCUGUGCUGAACAGCAGGCGCGUCCCCAACUCCACAGAGUAAUGUCAAGUUGGCUGAAGGAUGGAGAGGUGCUGGAGGGUGAGGGCAGUGGUCAGUCAUCUCCAUGUACCCCCAGGCUGAGGAGCCCCAUGCCAGCCAGAGGGGGAAGACCUUCCCCCAGCAGUGGAGUGAACAGAGACCAGGCUGCAGGCCCUGUCCCGCAGGACCACAUGAGUAAAGCCAAGGAGCUGUUUGAGCUGUGUGACAAAGAGGGCAAGGGCUUCAUCACCAAGAGAGACAUGCAGCGGUUACAGGGAGAGCUGCCCUUGACCCCAGAGCAGUUGGAGUCCGUGUUUGACAGUUUGGAUCGAGACAGAAAUGGAUUCCUCACUCCCCUUGAGUUUCACACAGGCCUUGGGGAGCUGGUAGGAGAGGAGGAGUGUGAGGAGAAGGAGAGGGGAGUGGAUCCAACAGAGAUCAGAUUCACACAGAUUCUUAUGGAGCUCGGAGCAGAUAAACUCUUUAAAGAUCAGUGGGAGCUGUGCUCUCUGUGGUGUGAUUUACAGAGGGACAAACCAGAGUUAUUGAGUGUGCUGGAAGAAGUUCUCUCUCAUGCUGUCACUCAUCUUCAGGAUUCACUGAGGGAGAGGGAUAGUUUGGAAAAGGCACUGCGCAGGCGAGAAGAUGACCAUGACAGAAUGGUGCGCUCACUCUAUGAAGACCUGGAGAACCAAAUCAAAGAAGAGAGAGAAAAACGACGGGUUCUGGACAGUGUGAAGCAGGGAGACAGAAGGGAGCAGCUGCUGCUGGAGUUGAGGACACGAGAGCAGGAGCUAGAGUUCACACUUACCAAACAAAAAGAGCUGGAGACUAGGAUCGAGGCUCUGGGUCGGGAGCAGAUGCUCACGCGGGGACAGAACCAAAAGCUGCAGCAAAUGAACGCUGAGCUGCGGGACCAGCUGGAGCAGAGCCGGGAGGAGCUGCAGAGAGCCCUGAGCCAGCUACAGCUGCUGCAGGACACAAUCACACAACAGCACAAGGGCAAGCAGAGAGAAGUGCUAAAAGUGUCCAGAAACAUGCAGAAAGAGAGAGAGAGCCUGACGAGGCAGCUGGAUCUGCUCAGGGACAUGAACAAGCGCCUGCGGGAUGAGAAAGACGCACACCAGGAUCAGAAGAGGGUUAGUCACAGACAGUCCUUCAUGCCACCUAUCCUCCCUUACUCGCAGUGCAGCUGUGGGCAUGGCAACCCAUCCUGGGUGUACUCCUUUUACCCAUACUGAGCCGGACUCUGUGCUGGUGCAGAUGAGGUUGCUUCUAGUCUGUGACGUAAUGCUGUGGGCAGCGCUGUGCCUGUCUGUCCUUGGUCAGCAGAAAACAGUGAAUCUUCACCUUCUUUCACAGUCUUUGCACAUUGCUGUGAUAUGAGCUUGUGAACGAUUGUCUGAUGCUUAUUUGAUAUAAGGCAAAAGUGUGGAUUUGAUAUGGUGUAUCUGAUCCCUGUUACUCAGACAAGGAAUUCAGUUUUCCAGUGAGUCUGUUAAAAAGUCUUUUUGAUUUAGGACUGGGUUUAAACUGUAUCUGUGAAACCAAAUGGUUUGAUAUGAGUCUUCAGACGCAUUAGUAAGAUUGGCCUUCCAUGGCCUUUCACCUACUUGAAAGCUACAAGAGUGUAAAGCUACAUUAUCUAGAGGCAGAUGGCACAAAGCCCCAAGCUAAGACAAUGAACAACUAUGAGAAUAUGAACACAUAACUGUUGUGAAGUCAAGGACAUGUGAUGGGUUUCUUUUUAAGUGGAAAGACUGUGUAGGGCACAUUUGAAGGCCAGUCUGGAGCUGUGAAUGUAAUCACUGUUCUCUGUUUUAGAAGGAUGGAUAAGUAGAAAAAAAAGCUUUUCUUUUGUAACUGUUACAGAAAGCUCAACAGUGUUUCCCACUGAUUAUUAUUAUUUACUGUAUCAUUUAGUUUAGAUUGUUUUUGUUACUUAAAAAGUGACACUUAAAAUAUGCAAAACGACUCAGGAUGCACUAGCAUAAGAAAUAUCAAUGUAUUUCACAGCUAGAGUGCUAGAUUUUACCAUUGGGAUGGGAGCUGCUUAUUCAUUCAAUCCAUCCCAACUUCACUCUGAAGCUCUUGGAAGCUCAAGUGCUUAUCCAGCAUGUUUAUAACCAUCACUAGAAGCUCCACCCAGGAGAUAACUCCUAUUUGUCAUGGGGGAAACACUAUAAAUGAGACUGUUGGCCCAGUUGCUCUGAAUGAUUGCUUUUCUAAAUCAGUUUGCUAGGUGUUAUGUAAAAAUUUGUGACAGGACAAAGCUAUUUAUCUUUUUUUCUGUUUUAUGUGUGUCCAUUAUGUAUCUGUACCAUUUUGUGGUACACAUUAAUAAUGUGAAUUUAAUUUAUUAUUUUAUGUUUUUGUUGCUGAUUUCUCUGUGUUAGGUUGUUUUUCCUCAAAUGAAAAAAUCUGACUUAUCAUGAACAAAACAAAGACAAAGUUUGUAAAUCUGAAACUAGUCAGGUUAUGAACAAAUGGGUGUGUUUUCCAGCACCUCCACAGUGCACAAUAAAAGUCUUUAUUGAAGGUA